AUGAGUGAUCAUCCAAACUUUGCAAAGCUCAAAAAAACUCAAGUAGGUCAGUUAAAACCAUCAGUAAAAGAGGGGUAUCUUGUUAAAAAAGGUGCAGAUUUUCAUACCUGGAAAAAAAGAUGGUUUGUUAUGAAAGAUCAAUACAUUUGGUAUUUCCCUAAAAACACUGGAAGUGCUCAACCAAAAGGUGUUAUUGAGUUAGAUGGUAAUUCUUCUGCUGUUCUUGUUCUUGAUCAAAAAAAACCAACGAUUGUUAUUAAAUCAGUUCAUAGAACUCAAGAAAUUAAUGCCGAUACUGUUGAAGAUGCUAAAUCAUGGGUUGAUGCUAUUAACAAUCAUGUUAAAACACUCGGACCACAAACUACACCACAAAGUAGUUCUCAACCUCAAACACAAAUUCAACAACCAGUAAACAGUGCACCAGUUCAAAUGUCAACAGAAUCAGAAAGUGCAUCAGUUCCAUUACCAUGGGCUCAAGUUCAACAAAGAAUUCAAGCUGAAGAAGGACAUUGGGAUCCAGCUAAAAUUAAAGAAUUUAUGGUCACAUUAGGUAAAGUUACUUGCGACCAAUAUUUAUAUGCAAUUAUGAAUAUGGUUCUUUCAAAUUGGCAAGACGAUGCUAUUGCCGCAUUUUGGUGGGAUGAUUUUUGUGAUGGGGAUUUAGAAGAUCUUGAAACAGUUGUUGCAGGACUUCAAGGAGAUUCAACAGUUGCAGUUGGAAGUGAUGGUAAAAAUCUUCCACCAAAUGAAACAGUUUUUGUUUUAGGAAGAGAUGAAAAUGGUGCAAAACGACUUGCCAAUAUUUAUCAAUGGGUUGUUAAACGUGAGGAAUUCAAUUGGAGUGAAGUUACAAGAUGUGUGUUAAGUGCAAUUGGUAAUUGGGGAUUAAAAACAAGUGAGCCAUUCUUUGAAGUAUUUGUUAAUGAAAUAGUUAAAAACUGGAGUGCUUCUGAAAUAGCUGCAUUUGUUAGUUAUAUUGCUACAUACGCAAAGAAAAAUGAAGAUGUAGCUUGGGAAAAUUGGCCACCACACGUUGUUACUUUCUUUAAAAAAAUGUCUGCUGAUUGGGAUGCUGAAAAGAAAAAAUCAUUUUUGAACAUUGUUACUGUAAUGUGGGAUUGGCCAAAAGAGAGUAUUCAAAGGCUUAAUAAUGUUUUGCAUGAUACAGAAUAA